UCUCCGUCCGCCAAGGAACAGCCAUUUGGGCCUGACGAUUCAUUAUAUUAGUUGCUUCCGACACUUUACGGGAUAUCUAUCGCGAGAAUCGGGAAUCAAUUUACCAGGAAAUGCGUUCGGUUUUUUUUUGUUUUCUCGCAAGAAAUUGACGGUUGAGUGAUGGCGCAGACGUCUUUCAUGAUGGUGUUUAGUGUGAAAUGCCUAAUUAGAUCACAAAACACUUGCAAAAAAUGGGAACCUUGAGGGUUUUCACAGAACAUAAAUAAGACCUCUUUGGCCAUUGUAGUUGGUUCUUUGACUCGGCAGCUCCGGAGAUUUGUGAGAAACUUGCUGCGUCAUCCAUUCGAAAUUGGAGGAGAUUUUCGUGCCCCCCAUUACUGUGUUUCUCCUCGUGAGAACACGGUGGUUAUCUUGUUCAUUAGACAAUCACGACCCAUUUGCAAUCACUUUAAUAAGCACUCAUACACUUGAAGGCAUCUCUCAAAUCGAAUGCUUGAUCAAGGAAGUUUGGCAACCAACGAGAAUCUCGGAUCCUUGCCAAGGAAAUGAAGAGGGCGGUUCUGAUAUGAGUUGCAACAAGAAGUUCUUUCUUUCAAGUCGAAUUGGCUACUGCCACUAAAUGCAUUCUGUUUAGCGAUAAGUCGAAUACAGUCUCAGAGUUUGAUGUCGAUCUAUGUAGCAUUCUCAAGCAGCAGCAGCAGCAGCAGCAACACCAGCAACAGGGCAUUAUUAUUAGCACCCAUAUCCAGGAUGAUCUCAUUGGCACUGAUCCUGGUUUGUGCCACCUUGACUUGCGGCCAAGAAGAAGAGGUCGACCAUGACCACGCUCAUCAUUCAGGAAACCCGUUGGAUUGGCUGAGAGAUAGUGUUCCAGGGGAGCCCGGGGUGGACUAUCCCAUUUUCAAUGAGGUCCAAGACACGGCAUUCUCUUGCGAGGACAGAGUUUUUGGAGGUUACUAUGCCGACCCUGGGAUGGGAUGUCAAGGAUAUCACGUGUGCCUGAACCAUGGGAACAACGCCAGAAAACUAUCCUUCCUUUGUCCCAAUGGAACCAUUUUUCAGCAGUCCAAAUUGACAUGUGAAUGGUGGUUCAAUGUGGAUUGUACUGAAGCCCAAUCCAGUUACAAUGUAAACGAUCUAAUUGGCACGGGAGAUAGUUUGCCCGAGUCCAAUGACUUGGGGCCCAAACGACCCAUCCCAACGAGAAAUAAUGACAACGGUCAGCGUAAACAACCAACCAUUGUGGCCCAACCUUUAAACCCUAUUCGCAGUCAACCCCAACCGGAGGAGCCGCAAGUGACCACAGAACGAGUGAUUCAAAGAGAAAAACCCGAACCCCAAAUUGAACCAAUUACUCAGACACCUAGCCGUGCAAGGCCAGGUACACCGAGACCUGGAAAUCAAAGGCCAGCCAACCGUCGACCCGUGACUCCCCAACCUCUUUUAGUAACCACUACCCCUGACACAUCCCUGAUCCAAUUCCCAAAUGAAGCCCCUGCUGACGUCGUCACAAAUCGACCUGUGUCCCAGAGACCGAAUGUACCGAGACGUGAGCAACCCGCACCCAAACCCAAUGUACCGAGGCGUCAGGAACCCACACCCAAACCCAACGUGCCGAGACGUGAGCAACCCGCACCCAAACCACAAAUGUUACCCGAGGCGUUUUCAGGACAACCCGCCCACCCAAACCCAGUGUGCCAAGGCGUCAGCAACCCGCACCCAAACCUACCUGCCGAGACGUCAGCAACCCGCAUCCAGGCCCAAUGUGCCUCAAAAAACGACCAAUAUUCGUGGACCCGCGAAUCCUCCCAAAAGCCUCAGAUUGAUGAGCGACCUCACCCUGGACGUCCCACCGUGCAAAUCUCUCAUAACCGGCCGCAAAUCGAAGAGAGACCUCGUCCGCAAACAACCAACAAAGACCGUCCCACCGUGCAAAUCUCUAAUAACCAGCCCCGAGUUAAAGAAGGACCACGCCCUGGGCGUCCUCAAGGAUCUCGGGGAAGACCCCAAGGUCAAAGAGGGAAUCAGCAAACGCCAACCACAGUGCGUCUCCCCGACGAGCCAUCAACAGUUGAAGAGAUACAAACCACUGCCCUUCCUUCUUAUGGAACCAAUGGCACACCCCAGCAAAACAGUCGCCCUACCAGACGACCCAACCAAGGCAACCGAAACCGACAGCAAAUCCAAACUAGGACUCAACGGCCCCAAACCACGGUUUCUUUGCCUGCAGAGCGGUCCAAGUUCGUGGAUCGUCCAACAACCCCUGUUCUGCAAAAUGUAAACCAGGCAACUCAACAAACCUCAAGGCCAACCUCGAGGCCCCAAGCGCAAGUGAUGACCACGGAAAUUCCUUACUCGGACAAUUCUAGGCCCCCGCAAGCGGGCACUCAAUCAACGAGCAAUGGUCGUCCAAAGUUCGGAGAAAAGGUUACAAUUCCAGUUGAAUCUCAAACCCCUAGACCAGUCAAUCGGGGUCGUCCUCUUUUUCCUGAGCGAACUGAAACGGCUCCCCGAUUCCAACCCAACCAACAAAUUGACAUUGUUGAGUAUGACGUGGCUAUUUCUGGAGAUGACAUCGGGGAUAUUCCCAUUCUUUUUGCUGAUCCAUUUCAAGAUAUCAGAGCACCCGAUUCGUUAAAUCGAUUGUAUGAAGUUCCCAUCUAG